AUGAAGGAAGGAAGGGAACGAGUUCGCAUAGGAGAUGUGAACCAAGUGCCCCACGUGCCCCUGGUGCCCAACUGCGUAUCUCUCUCUCUCCAUCGUGAGCUUGUCCACACUCCUCGUAUUGAAUACCGACACUGCCCCCACCCUCACUACGGCAUCGAAUUCCCCGCUCACUCCAUCGCCACCAUGGCCACUUCCUUCGCCAACCUCCACCUUCGCCACCCCACAGUCUUCCCUCUUUCUCAAAGUUCCACUUUGACCUCUGGAUGGAGUCCUACGCAGUUGAUUUUUCUAACUGUGGGUCGGAGGCAAUUAGCGCUGAAGAGCGUGCAAGCAAAGUCCAAGCAGGCUGGGAGUGUCUCGCGCUCUGGUACUCAGCUUGAAGGAAGUGAGUUGGAUGGCAUUCUGGGGGCUGUGUCUGCGAAGAAGCGGAGGUCGCAGUGGUGUUUGUGCCGUGGCAUCGAGUCAGGAAGUAGAGAAUUGAGGUACUUGUCAUGGGGGAGUGGUGGAAGGCCGCAGGAUGUGAUGCUGGAACCGCCUGUUGUAGAAUUCGACGUGGACAUUCUUCGUGGAGUGCCUCUGAGCUUAAGGGCUGCGGUCACAGAAGGAGCCAUCUCCUCAUCUUUGGCAAUAUGCUGGAGGUGGAUGCUAUCUGUUGCUGUAGCCAUCAGCAUCAAUUUCAUACCCUGGUCCUCAAGCAUCGCCCUUGCCCAAACUGAGGUUGUUGCCUCGGGGUGUGACAAUGUUACUCAGUAUUACAGCCAAGCGUCUGGUCUGCAGGGUGAGAAGCUUAAGGCGAAAUUGCAUGAGAUUGUUGCUGGGCACAAGCGUCUCACAUAUGCUCAGGUUUGGAAUGCGUUAAAGAUUCUUGAUGCUGCAGAUACUGCAACACCGGAGACGUCUCCUGAUGUAGUGGAUAUCUACAGCUUGAAAAGAGUCUCUAAAAGCCUCCAAGGAAGUAGUGAUGGUUGGAAUCGAGAGCAUUUAUGGCCCCGAUCUUAUGGGCUAACUGAAAAUCAGUCGGAAUUUACUGAUGUCCACAACUUGCGACCGGCUGACGUGAACGUAAAUUCAUCACGAGGCAAUAAAUACUUUGGAGACUGCACUACUCUCCAGACAACGCGAUGCCUAAUUCCUGCUAACCGCGAAGCAGCACCAGAUACCGCAACUGAUUCGAACUCAUGGCGACCACCAUCUGAGGUCAGAGGAGACAUAGCACGGGCUGUGUUUUACAUGGCAGUUCGUUAUGGCCUUGAGCAACCUUCUGGUAGCCUCAACCUCCAGCUUUCGGAUUCGCCUAGUGUUGCAAAUGCGACCAUGGGGCUUCUUUCGACUCUCUUAGAAUGGAACAAUUUGGACCCACCCUCGCCCUCAGAGGUGCUAAGGAACUCAAGAGUGUGUUCUUUGUACCAAGGCAAUCGUAACCCAUUUGUUGACCACCCGGAGUAUGCUUCGAGUAUCUGGGAUGCUCGUACCGUUGCGACAGGGCCAAACACACCGGGUGAGCCGACGGUUAGUUCUGGAUCGAAAAAUGAAAACCCGCUUCCAAAUGCGUGGAUCAAUGAAAUACAUUAUAACAACAAAGGUCAAGACCAAGACGAGUUUAUUGAGGUGAUUGUGGGUCCAAAUACUGAGAUUUCCUCAUUGAAGAUAUAUCUGUAUAGUAGUGAUGGAAAAGUGUACCGCAAUCUUCCUCUAGCUGAUGCUGCAUUGUUCCAAGCAUCCAACGUUAACGGAUCAAGCUCUUUAAUUUAUUCAACAGCUCGUCCAGGAAGGUCGAUACAAAAUGGACCAGCUGAUGGUAUAGCUCUGGUGCAAGAACGAAGUGAAAACAAAAGCAAGGUCAUUCAAUUUUUGUCAUACGAGGGAGUUCUGACUGCUGCCGAAGGUCCAGCUAAAGGCUCAACUUCUAAGGAUAUAGGUGUACAUGAGAGUGAACGCUCGGAGGUCGGUAGUUCCUUAGGGCUUUCAGGUUUUGGCCGAAGAUAUGAAGACUUCAAGUGGACGAAGUUCUCUAAAGCUGCCACACCUGGCAGCCUUAACUCUGGACAGUUGUUCAGCUGACUUUCAAAGCCGGGAAGUUGAAUUAAUUGCUUGUCAGAGAGGCUUAGUAUUAGAUCAAAUCUGACUCUUGCUCAAGACCAAACUGAACAAAAACACCUUCAAAUUUGAUUGUUCUCAAUUUCUCUUUCAA